CAGUCGCGAAAUGCGGGUGUGGAGGGUGUCGGGCGGUGUCACGAGAAGAUCGUCAUCGGGGCCACGCCUCCUCCCUGGAACUUUUCCAAGCUUGUUGACAAGCUUCCCCCUCACGUUCAGGCGAACGCGGUCCUUUUCCCUCCAUCCGCGCUCGUCAUUGGGGACAUGUCCCCCGCAGCUAUGGCAGCACCCGUCGGCGGAGGUACAGGCUCGAGUCUGGCGCGAGCGAUCAUCAUUACCUCUGGUGUCUCAGCCCUCGUCUCGUCGCUAUUGUCCUUUGUGUCCAUGUGGUUCCAACUCAAAAACUACCGGAAACCACUCCUUCAGCGAUACGUCGUGCGCAUCCUGCUGAUGGUCCCAAUUUAUGCCGCAUCAUCAUGGACGAGCAUUGUAUCACUGAAAGCAGCUCAGUUCCUCGAUCCUGUCCGUGACAUUUAUGAGGCAUUCACAAUUUACACAUUUUUCCAGCUUCUUAUCAACUUCCUCGGAGGAGAGCGAGCGUUGAUCAUCAUGGCCCAUGGCCGUCCACCGGUAUCGCAUGCAUGGCCGCUUAAUCACGUCCUCCCAAAGCUCGACAUCUCCGAUCCCCACACGUUUCUUGCCGUAAAGCGCGGCAUCCUUCAAUAUGCGUGGCUGAAACCGAUUCUGGCCAUUGCUUCCAUCGUCAUGAAAGCGACGGAUACAUAUGAGGAGGGAUAUCUGAGCCUGGGAUCGGGCUACCUAUGGACCGGCAUUGUGUACAACGUCAGCGUCACCGUCAGUUUAUACUCCCUGGCUAUGUUCUGGGUGUGUCUGCACAAUGACCUCACGCCAUUCCGACCAGUUCCCAAAUUUCUCUGUAUCAAACUCAUCAUUUUCGCAUCUUACUGGCAAGGAUUUUUCCUGUCAAUCCUGCAGUGGUUGGGGGCUCUUGGCAGUGUGGCAGGAUACACCCCUGACAAUCUAGCUGCGGCAAUUCAGGAUGCUUUGAUCUGCUAUGAGAUGCCCAUUUUUGCCGUCGCCCACUGGUACGCGUUUUCGUGGCAUGACUAUGCCGAUCCUACCAUCUCGGCUGCCCGUCUCCCUGUCAAAUAUGCACUCCGGGAUGCGUUCGGGCCUCUCGAUUUGGUAGAAGACACUAAGAUGACUCUUCGUGGUGAAAACUACGAGUAUCGACUGUUUGACUCCGGCGACAACAUCAUCGCGCAUGCGGAGUCUCAUUCGCGAGUCAAGCGUGUCAUGGACGGUUUGAGGUACGAACGAGGUGGCAAGGCCAAGUAUUGGAUUCCAAAGCCCGGAGAGGCUAGCAAAGCAGUUGAGGCAAGCAUUCGCACACCACUCUUAGCUGGCGGGGACAGCAGUCAUCGCAGUCGAAGUGAUAGGGGAAGUCGUAGUUCCACCGAGCGAUUCCGGUCUUAUAGUGAGAUUGAAGUCACAUUGGACGACGAGGACGAGCAAAUCUUCAACCAGGCUCGGGCUUUGGAGUUUGGAGACUGGAAUUAUCCGGUGAUUACGGCUAAUGAAGUCCCUCGGGACCAGCGGCUCCCUACUCACAGGAGCUACCAGAACUCAAGUACUGGAGGCGAUGUGAAAAAGUCACGUGCACAUCAGAAACGCCGAACCUCGGGCAGCGAAGGCAGGCGAGAUCACAAUGCGAGCUCUCGAAAGUCGAGCAAGAGCUCGGGGGCGCCCCAUCCCUUGCAGCGCAACGCCAGUUCCACGAGCUCCCGCCAUUCGCAUCGCAGCCAGCUAGUUGAUCUCGUGGUGGAAGACCACGAAGCUGAGGAAGAAGACCGCGAGCAGGCACAGCGAGAGCUUGGAUCCGCCUGGGCGGGAGAUGAAACUCGACAUUUCUCGAGACCAUCGGGACAGCCAAUCGAAGAAGAGGCUGAAUCCGAGACUCCGACAAGGGAGGUCCCAGCCGCGCCAGUUCAUCAGGCUGAAGAGGACGACGACCGAUCGCCUUCAGAGUGGGCUUACGGUGCAUUGGAGGAGGACAAUGUAUGGGGCAAAUAG